AUGGAGGUAGUCUCUCCAGGGCAAGGGGCCAAUGGCCAUCCGUCCUCCUCUCCUGGACCAGUAACCAUUAAUCCGAACCUGGUCGUACGAUACCUUGUGGACCUUCUUGAAAUAAUACUAGGGGCCACUACAGAGGAUCUAGAAAGCAAAGGGAGCAUACUUUCGGAAUUCAAAAAGAGUGAUACGGUGCAGCGGUGUACACGCUUCGCUUCCGAAUCGCAAGUCGCCCUCUAUGUUCAGAAGGACGUCAUCUCUCCAGAUGUGCCUAACAGCAGGGCGAACGGCCAUGUCUCAUCCGAACAUGCAGGCCACUACGUCUACUCGCUGUCUUCGGAGAUUUCAGUUUCCCCCAGCACAGUUGCUUCCGUGGCCCUCAUGAAACGUCCGCAACCUAUAGAUCCACGGGUACCCCUUUCCACACAAAUACAGGUCAUCAACCUACCCGGUGUCGCAACUUUGGACGAGAGCAGCACAAUCCAAGGAAACCCAUUCUCACCAUACGAGAUCCUCCAUUCAAUGGUGCACUUAGCCUUGGCGCCAUAUUUCAAUGCUUAUACCCGGGGUCAAAAGUCGUUGGCGGGCAGCCACGACCGGUCCGAUGCAGACGCAAAAACAGGCGUGCCUGGCACAAAGAAGAAGCUGGCAGAACUCGAGCUCAGCUUUUUGCAUCUACAACAAAAUGUUGAAAUCCCUGAAUUAGUGUUGUCUUUUCCCGAUGUUGUUCAGGAAGCUCUCAAUACAGCAGCUGCGAGGAAUACCAAACCAUCGAUAGACGUGAUACCCUCCCAGCUUCUGUCGGAUACCAGAUUUUUAAAUGACCUUCAAAACACAGUCAAUAAUUGGAUCAAAUCAAUACAGGCAAUCACGAAGAUGUUUCGCGACCCUGAUAGUGGCUCGGCUACUCAAGAAAUCAACUACUGGCUCUCUCUCGAAUCCGCGUUGAAGAGCAUCGACUUACAAACAAAGAAUGAUGGGGUACAACUCACGCUGGAUAUCCUACAACACGCAAAGCGCUAUCAGGUCAAAGUCAGCUUUUAUGCAGAUACUGGACUAAAAGACGCCUUGGACAUCGUCCAGAAGUACAAUCAGUUGAUGCGGGAGUUCCCUAUAGAUGAUCUUCUGGCCUCGACUACAUUGCAGAAAGUGCAGGAUUCCUUGGACACCAUAUUCGGCCAUCUUAACAGAAAGCUUCGAUUCACCACAUACCCCAUCGCACGUGCUCUGCCCCUCGUUAACGCCAUUUCCGGAGAUCUCGAUACUCAGCUCCACUCUCUUCUCCAUGGUCGAACGCUCAUGCACCUUGAGUUCAAGGACUUUGAAGCCGUGAUGGAUGUCGCAGAAAACAUAUGGAUUACGUGGGACGAACAUGCCAAAGACUUCACAAACGUAGCCCGAGAGCUCAUGAGAAAGAGAGCCGAGAAAUUCAUGCCGAUCAAAGUAGCUGGCCGCCAUUUGAGAACACGGGAUCGCAUGAACUAUAUCAAGACAUUUCGUGUCAACCACGAGCAAUUGCAAAGGACAAUUGUCACUGUUCUGGGCAACAAAGGCUUGAGCAGUACCGCGCAAGAUGAAGCAGAUGGCGACCAAGUCGUUCUCGUGGAAGAAAUUGGAGAUGUUGAUGCGGUGCAAGAAGUAGCUCAAGCAUACGCGGCUCUCAAAGACGUCGAUGUUCUUGAUGUGUCUGAGGAAGGAACGCAGAUCUGGGUGCAAGCAGAGUCGACCUACAACGAGCGCACUUCAAGAGUAGAAAACUCCAUCAUCGCUCGCCUCAGAGAUCGUCUAGCGACUGCUAAAGGGAGCGCAACAGAGAUGUUUCGGGUCUUCUCGAAAUUCAAUGCCCUCUUUGUCCGACCAAAGAUACGUGGAGCGAUCGGUGAGUAUCAAUCUCAGCUCAUGGAUAAUGUCAAGCAUGACAUUUCUGAUCUACACGAACGCUUUAAGCAACAGUAUGGUCAUUCCGAAGCUCAUGCCAUGGCUCAGCUCCGGGACUUGCCUCCAAUAGCGGGGGCCAUCAUAUGGGCUCGUCAAAUCGAAAGGCAACUCGAUGGUUACAUGAAAAAGGUGGAGCAGGUCCUAGGUCAGGAUUGGGCUCUACAAUCGGAAGGACAGAAGCUAGAAGCGGAAAGCACAAUGUUCCGUCAGAAGCUUGACACCAGACCAAUAUUUGAGUCUUGGUUGCAAGAUACUCAAAGAAGAAACAUCUCAAUUGGUGGUCGACUUUUUGGCAUCACUCGAAAUCGCGCAAUGGGAAACACACUGGAGCUUGCCAUUAAUUUUGAUCCGCAAGUCAUUGUGUUAUUCAAAGAAGUAAGAAACCUGCUUUGGCUAAAUUACCAGAUCCCGCACGCAGUCAGCAGCAUUUCGAAGGAGGCGAAGAGGGUCUAUCCAUACGCCGUUAGUCUCAUGGAAAGCGUUCGAUCUCUGGCCCAGACGAGUCGUGUUAUCGACUCCAUGCCAAAAGUUUCCAUGCUGCUAAGCGGUUAUCAGAAGGAAAUUCAAAACCUCAUUCUCACAGGGGUGAAUCUUAAGUGGGAAUCUUUCGUGCACUCAUACGACCUCCAUGUGAAGCAUGCCCCAGUGCUUGCGGGUGGCCCAGCAGCUCGGUCAGCUACUGCUGGUCGAAGCGAGAGCAAGCAUGUGCAAUUUGUACGUGAUUUUGCUUCGACCACCUCGGUAUUGCAGAGCAAGACUUCGGCUUUACAGAUCAUCUACGACAACGUCCAGAACGCGAUGAACGACCUGCAAACCUGCCCUUAUGACGCACCAGCCUUUGGGGCGCGCUUAGAGACCAUUCAAACAGCGGUCGAUCAACUCAACUUGGAAAAUUACACGAAUCUGGCUUUCUGGGUCAGCGAGAUGAACCAGACCAUCGAGAAUGUUCUCAUCGAGCGUCUUCACAAGGCAAUGCACGCCUGGGUCGAGACUUUCAAUGCGUCCAGAACAGAAAAGGCCAACGACAAUAGUGCUCGUAGACGAGCCCGAGUAGAUCACGAUGAAAACCCUAAUGUGCCCCCACUUCGAGCACUAGUCCUUGAAGUAUUGAUGCGAAACCAAGUCGUCUACCUAGAUCCUCCUAUCGAGUCUACUCGUGCCAGCUGGCUGUCUCAGUUGCAUGAAUGGCUUGCUGUGGCAUGCAAUUUGCCUAUCAUCAUGUCUUCAAGAUACGAGAUGAAAAUUAGCGUUAAUGGUCCUGGCGCAAUGAUGUCACGCUUCACACAUCUUCCGAGCAGGUGCAUAGAUACUUUGUCCACAGUGUAUCAAGUUAUUGAGGACAAGAUCCAUGAUAUUUCUGGAUACGUGGAUAAAUGGCUUCAGUUCCAGUCUUUGUGGGACCUCGAACCAGAGCACGUUUAUGAUAUUCUAGGAGAUGAUUUGGCGAAAUGGCUACAGCUUCUCCAGGAGAUUCGCAAGACUCGUGAAACAUUUGAUACCUCUGAGUCAAGCAAGAGCUUUGGAACGGUGACAAUUGAUUAUGAGCAGGUUCAGACAAAAGUCACCGGAAGAUAUGAUCAAUGGCAACACGAAAUACGCCUUAAGUUUGCAGGUAGACUAGGGAACAGGAUGCGCGAGAUCUACGCAGAAAUCGAGAAAGCUCGAAGAGAUCUUGAGGGACAAUCGUUAGAAGCAUCGUCUACCGCCCAAGCCGUCUCAUUCAUCACCGUUGUUCAGCAAUGCAGAAGAAAGGUGGAGGUCUGGGAACCCGAGAUUGAGAUCUUUCGCCGAGGCCAGACACUUCUAAACCGCCAGCGUUAUCAGUUCGCCAAUGAUUGGCUAUUUGUUGAUCAGGUUGACCAUGAAUGGACUGCACUGAAUGAGAUCCUCGAUCGCAAAAUAAAGAUCGUGGAAGACCAGACUGAUGCACUGCGCGCGAAGAUCUUGGCUGAGGACAAAGUUGUCGGCGAGAAAGUCGGCGACUCAGAUAUGGUGUUCAAGGCCAAAGAGGCCUUGAAUUUGCCUGGUAAUCCUGAUACAGCGUUAGCUGCGAUCUUAGAAGAGGUCCAUGACUUCAUGUCCGUAUGGGCUGCUCUGUCAACCAUUUGGAAGAGCCUGAACGAUCUUCGUGAUACCCUCUGGACCAGUGUGCAACCAAGAAAAUUACGACAGUCAAUAGACAAUCUCAUCAAGAUGACGAAAGAUAUGCCAAGCCGUAUGCGACAAUACGCUGCCUUUGAGCACAUACAAUCAGUUCUUCGGCAGCUCCUGAAAGAGAAUCCUCUCCUCUCUGACAUGAAAUCAGAAGCAGUCCGUGAACGUCACUGGGUCAAAAUCUACAAAGUCUUGAGGCCUGGAAAGAGAUAUUCGUCCGUCUCGAUGAGCCUCGGAGAUGUUUGGGAUCUUCAGCUUGCUGCGAGCGAAGCAGUCAUCCGGGACAUUGUCGCUCAAGCGCAGGGAGAGAUGGCGCUUGAAGAAUUCCUCAAGCAAGUCCGUGACACCUGGCAGAGUUAUUCUCUGGAUCUGGUCAACUACCAGAACAAAUGUCGUUUGAUACGGGGCUGGGAUGAUCUGUUCGCCAGGUGCAGCGAGAACCUCAACUCUCUACAAGCAAUGAGACAUUCGCCAUACUACAAGGAAUUCGAAGAAGAAGCUUCAUCCUGGGAAGACAAGCUCAACCGAGUACAUGUCCUGUUCGAUGUCUGGAUCGAUGUGCAAAGACAAUGGGUCUACCUUGAAGGUGUUUUCACCGGCAACGCGGACAUCAAGCAUCUACUUCCUGUUGAGUCUUCGCGCUUCCAAAACAUCAACUCGGAGUUCUUUUCCGUGCUAAAGAAGGUCUACAAGUCGCCAUUUGUACUGGACGUUCUCAACAUCUCCGGCGUGCAGAAGUCAUUGGAGCGCCUGGCUGAGCUUCUCAACAAGAUCCAGAAGGCCUUAGGAGAGUAUCUCGAGCGUGAACGCAUGUCUUUCCCCCGAUUCUACUUCGUUGGUGACGAGGAUUUGCUUGAGAUCAUCGGGAAUAGCAAUGACACCAUAAGAAUCUCAAAGCAUUUUCGAAAGAUGUUUGCAGGUCUAUCUGGUCUACUAAUGGACCAGGAAUCUACAAUCACAGGCUUUGUAUCCAAGGAAGGCGAGCAAGUGCAGCUUAAGAGACCUAUCUCACUGGUAAAGACCCCCAAGAUCAAUGACUGGCUUGCAGCGCUAGAAAGCAAUAUGAAACUGUCCUUAGCUGAGCUUCUUGGAGAAGCUGUGCAGUCGUUUGGAGCACUGCUCGAUAAUUCUAUGACCGGUGCCUCGUUUUUCAACGAUUAUGUCGCCACCUUCCCGGCUCAGAUUGUUGUACUUGCAACGCAAGUAGUUUGGACUACCUCGGUCGACGCUGCUCUAGCUUCCGGCGGUGAACGUCUACAGUCCUUGUACGAUGUAUCGGACAAGCUCCUUGAUCUUCUUGCAUCAACCGUUCUAGGAGACCUUGACCUCUUGAUGCGAAAGAAAUGUGAGCACUUGAUCACCGAAUUUGUUCAUCAGCGAGAUGUCAUUGCGAGACUCAUGAGCACGAAAGCCUCGAGUGCAACGCAUUUUUUGUGGCUCCUACAAAUGCGUUACGUUUACAAGCCUGAAAGCGAGUUCGCUGAUCGUCUACGGAUCAAGAUGGCCAACGCUGAUCUCGUAUACGGCUUUGAGUACCUGGGAGUGCCUGAACGACUUGUCCGCACUCCAUUGACUGAUCGCUGUUUCCUCACCUGCACACAGGCUAUGGCCCAGCGCUUGGGAGGAUCUCCCUAUGGCCCAGCGGGUACCGGCAAGACAGAGUCAGUCAAAGCUCUUGGUGUUCAACUUGGAAGGUUCACAUUGGUUUUUAACUGUGACGAUACUUUCGAUUUCCAGGCCAUGGGCCGUAUCUUUCUUGGGAUAUGUCAAGUUGGUGCGUGGGGAUGUUUCGACGAGUUCAAUCGAUUGGAGGAGCGCAUUCUCUCAGCCGUGUCUCAGCAGGUACAAAACAUUCAAUUAGGCUUAAAGAAAGGCAUCGACACCGGCAAUGCGCAAAUCGAAUUGGCCGGACGGCAAUUCUCGGUGAACGCCAACACUGGAAUUUUCAUAACGAUGAAUCCAGGUUACGCAGGACGCUCAAAUUUGCCCGACAACCUGAAGAAACUAUUCCGUAGCGUGGCCAUGUCAAAACCGGACAAAGAACUUAUUGCCGAAGUCAUGCUUUAUUCUCAAGGCUUCAAACAAGCCAAACAGCUUUCGAAAAAAACCGUGCCGUUCUUUGACAGCUGCGCAGCUCAGCUGACAAAACAAGCCCAUUACGAUUUCGGUUUACGGGCUCUCAAGAGUGUACUCGUCAGUUCAGGCGGGCUCAAACGCACGAGGCUGACGACUCGGACGCAAAAUUCCCAGGCAGAGGAAGAAUUGGAGCCCCAGAUCAUUGUUCAGAGUAUUCGAGAGACCCUUGCGCCAAAGUUGAUCCGUGAGGAUGUCGAGACAAUGAAGCGAGUCGAAAAGGCAGCGUUUCCAGGCGUGAAUUACGUAUCUGCAGACCUGCAAGGAUUGGAAGGUGCAAUCAGAAAGGAAGCUGCUGAGAGAAACCUGGUAACAAAUGAAACCUGGAUGACAAAGAUACUCCAGUUGUAUCAAAUCCAGGGCAUUCAUCACGGUGUCAUGAUGGUAGGUGACUCCGGUUCCGGCAAAUCCGCAAUAUGGAAAGUCCUCAUAAAAGCCCUCCAACGCAUGGAAGGUACCGAAGGUGUAUGGCAUAUAAUUGACUCGAAAGUCAUGUCAAAAGAAGCUUUGUACGGCAACCUUGACAGCACAACGCGUGAGUGGACCGAUGGAUUGUUUACCAGUAUCUUGCGAAAGAUAGUCGACAAUCUACGCGGAGAAGAUUCUAAGAGACACUGGAUCGUCUUUGAUGGCGACGUAGAUCCUGAGUGGGUAGAGAACUUGAACAGUGUGCUAGACGACAACAAGUUGCUAACCUUGCCAAACGGAGAACGCUUGAGCUUGCCGCCAAAUGUCCGAAUACUAUUCGAAGUCGAGACUCUGAAGUAUGCAACUCUCGCAACUGUGAGUCGUUGUGGUAUGGUCUGGUUCAGUGAUGAUACUGUUACAUCAGAUAUGCUAGUAUCAAAUUAUCUUCAGGGUUUGCGAAGCACGGCAUUUGAUGAAGUCGACGAGGAUAGCACUGGCCAGACGUCGGCAAACGCCUUAGGUCUACAGGAACAGGUCGCGGAUCUACUCCAGCAUUUCUUGGGAACCGAGCACCUUCUUGACAAUGCUUUGAUGGAAGCACACAAGUACAGUCACAUUAUGCAAUUCACAGAGAUUAGGGCACUCAAUACCCUGUUCUCGUUGCUAAACAAAUCCUGCAGAACAAUCAUGGAGUACAAUGCACAACACGAAGACUUUCCCCUCGAGCCAGACCAAGUCGAAUCAUUUACCUCUAAGAAGAUGCUCCUUGCCUUGGUUUGGGCGCUGGUUGGAGAUUGCCCGAUUAGAGAACGGCGAGCUUUUGGCGAACACAUCGCCGGCUUGAUAACCUUUGAUACUCCUCUGCUUAGCGACUCAUCUUCGUUAAUUGACUAUGACGUCUCCCUUCCACGAGCAGAGUGGACACCUUGGCAGAACCAAGUGCCCAACGUCGAGAUCAACACCCACUCAAUCACCGACACCGAUGUUGUCAUCCCCACACUUGAUACAGUACGUCAUGAGGACGUUCUCUACUCUUGGCUCGCAGAACACAAGCCCCUUGUCCUAUGUGGCCCGCCAGGAUCCGGAAAGACUAUGACGCUUUUCAGCGCCUUGCGUAAAUUGCCAAACAUGGAGGUAGUUGGGCUCAACUUCUCUAGCGCAACGACUCCAGAUCUGCUGAUCAAAACAUUUGACCAAUACUGCGAGUACCGGAAAACUUUGAACGGUGUAGUCAUGUCCCCAACCCAGAUUGGUAAAUGGCUUGUGUUUUUCUGUGAUGAGAUCAAUCUUCCACUUCCUGACAAGUAUGGGACCCAAAGAGCUAUAUCCUUCCUUCGACAGCUGGUUGAGCAGAAUGGCUUUUGGAGAACAUCAGACAAGACCUGGGUCAGGCUCGAACGUAUCCAAUUCGUUGGAGCUUGCAAUCCUCCAACUGAUGCCGGACGUACACCAAUGGGCGCACGGUUCCUAAGGCAUGCUCCUCUAGUCAUGGUCGACUAUCCCGGAGAGGUCUCUCUUCACCAGAUCUACGGCACAUUUAACGGCGCUGUCUUGAAAAUCAUUCCCAACCUUCGUGGCUACUCUGAUCCACUUACCAAAGCAAUGGUACAGCUCUACGUUGAAUCACAGGCACGUUUCACGCCCAAAAUUCAACCACAUUAUGUUUACUCGCCUCGAGAGCUGACAAGAUGGGUUCGUGGGUUGUACGAAGCCAUCAGACCGUUAGAGACUCUCUCAGUAGAAGGGCUGGUCCGGUUGUGGGCCCACGAGGCUUUGCGGUUGUUCCAAGACAGACUUGUAGCGGAGGAUGAACGCAAAUGGACUGAUGACACCGUGCGGCGCAUUGCAUUAGAGCAUUUCCCGAACAUCGAUGAUGAUGCAGCUUUGAAAGGCCCGAUCCUCUACUCGAAUUGGCUCUCCAAGAAUUAUGUCCCAGUAGGGCGUGAGCAGCUCAGGGAUUUCGUCAAGGCAAGACUAAAGACAUUCUGCGAAGAAGAGGUGGAUACGCCAAUCAUCCUAUUCAAUGAUGUGCUUGAGCAUGUGCUUCGUAUUGAUAGGGUUUUCCGUCAGCCCCAAGGACAUCUCAUUCUCAUUGGCGUCAGCGGAAGUGGUAAAACAACACUCUCACGGUUUGUAGCUUGGAUGAACGGACUCAAGGUCUUUCAAAUAAGGGUGCACGGCAAGUACUCUGCAAGCGACUUUGACGAUGACCUUCGGGAUGUUCUUCGCCGUUCCGGAUGCAAGGGCGAAAAGAUUUGUUUUAUCAUGGACGAGUCUAACGUCCUUGACUCGGGCUUCUUGGAGCGUAUGAAUACUUUACUCGCCAAUGCUGAAGUUCCAGGUCUAUUUGAAGGAGACGAGUUCGCAGCACUUAUGACUGCCUGCAAGGAAGGCGCGCAGCGCCAAGGCCUACUCCUCGACUCCCAAGAAGAAUUAUACAAAUGGUUCACUCAGCAGAUAAUCAAGAACCUGCACAUCGUCUUUACGAUGAAUCCGCCAGAAGAUGGCUUGUCCUCAAAGGCUGCAACGAGUCCAGCAUUGUUCAAUCGCUGCGUCCUGAAUUGGUUUGGAGAUUGGUCAGACCAAGCGCUCUUCCAAGUUGGAUCAGAGCUUACUCAAUCGGUUGAUCUCGAUCGUCCUGAUUUCGUUGCGCCUGAUAGCAUUCCCGUUGCGUACGGCGAUCUUUCGCUCCCAGCUUCCCACCGCGAUGCCGUGAUUAAUUCAAUGGUCUACUUCCACCACUCUUUACAUCGAUUCAAUCAACGUCUUCUAAAACAACAAGGCAAGAAGACCUUCCUUACGCCUAGGCACUUCCUCGACUUUGUCGAUCAGUGUGUGCGGCUCUUCAACGAGAAGCGCGAGGACCUAGAAGAGCAGCAACGACACCUUAAUGUUGGCUUAGAGAAGCUAAGAGACACUGUGGCUAAAGUGAGGGACUUACGUGCAAGUCUGGCGCAAAAGAAGGUUCAGCUAGAGAAGAAGGACGCCGAGGCCAACGAGAAGCUGCAGCGAAUGGUUGCCGAUCAACGCGAAGCAGAACAACGCAAGUCUGCUUCUCUUAAAAUCCAAGCCCACCUUGAUAAACAAGAAGAAGAGGUAGCGAAACGGAAAGAAGUGGUCAAUGCUGAUCUGGCAAUGGCGGAGCCCGCUGUACUGGAUGCCGCAGAAGCGGUCGGCAAUAUCAAGCGUCAACAUCUGACCGAAGUGCGAUCAAUGGGAAAUCCUCCAGCUGGCGUCAAGCUUGCUCUGGAGGCGGUAUGCACCUUGUUGGGUCACAAAAUCGACAACUGGAAGACCAUCCAGGCUAUAGUGCGUAGAGACGACUUCAUAGCUAGCAUUGUUGGCUAUGACAAUGAGCGUCAAAUGACCCGAAGUCAUCGCAUCAGGAUGCAAAAUGAAUUCCUCUCUAAGGACGACUUUACCUACGAAAGAGUGAACCGUGCCAGCAAAGCUUGCGGACCCCUGGUUCAGUGGGUAGAGGCACAAGUCAACUUCUCAGAUAUCUUAGACCGUAUAGGUCCUUUGCGUGAGGAGGCCGAUCACCUCGAGGAGCAAGCCUUACAGACCAAAGCGGAAGCCAAGGCCAUCGAGAACACCAUCGUCAACCUCGAGAACAGCAUCGCUACUUAUAAGUCAGAAUACGCUGCUCUCAUUAGCGAAACACAAUCCAUCAAGUCAGAGAUGUCCCGCGUUGAGAAUAAGGUCAAUCGAAGUGUUAAGCUGCUUGACAGUCUUUCUGCGGAGCGGACUCGGUGGGAAUCAGGAAGCAAAUCUUUCGAGACGCAGAUCAGCACCAUCGUCGGUGAUGUUUUGGUGGCGGCUGCAUUCCUUGCCUACAGUGGUCUGUACGAUCAACAGCUACGUAAAGCCAUGGUUGAUGACUGGUUAGAUCAAUUGUCACAGUCAGGCAUCAAGUACAAGAUGCACAACCCUGUAACGGAGUAUCUCUCACACGCAGACCAGCGCCUCAAGUGGCAAGAGCAUGGCUUGCCAGUCGAUGACCUCUGCACCGAGAAUGCCAUCAUUCUGAAGCGCUUCAACCGUUACCCUCUAAUCAUCGAUCCGUCAGGACGCGCUACAGAGUUUUUACAGAACGAAAGCAAAGAGCGCCAACUCACCGUUACCAGCUUCCUGGAUGACUCCUUCAUCAAGCAGCUUGAAAGUUCGCUCCGUUUUGGCAACCCAAUCUUGAUUCAAGACGCAGAGCAUCUGGACCCGGUCCUGAAUCACGUGUUGAACAAAGAGUACCAAAAGACCGGCGGCCGAGUUCUGAUCCAGCUUGGCAAGCAAGAGAUCGAUUUCUCACCUGCAUUCAAGCUUUACUUAUCGACACGAGACCCAUCUGCUAUGUUCCCUCCUGACAUCUGCAGCCGAACUACUUUUGUAAAUUUCACCGUGACGCAGAGUAGUCUUCAGACACAGUCAUUGAACGAUGUGCUCAAGUCUGAGAGGCCAGAUGUUGACCAGAGGCGUACGAAUCUUGUCAAGAUGCAAGGCGAGUUCAGUACCCAUCUACGCGGUCUCGAGAAACGCUUGCUUCAGGCUCUCAAUCAGUCACGAGGCAACAUUCUAGAUGAUGACGUCGUCAUCGAGACGCUGGAGACGCUUAAGAAGGAGGCUGGCGAGAUAUCGAAGAAGGUGGCAGAGACAGAUGGUGUAAUGGCUGAAGUCGAAACCAUCACCCAACAAUACACCGCGGUUGCUCGCGCCUGCAGCGCUGUCUUUGCGGUUCUUGAGCAGCUACAUCACUUAAAUCACUUCUACCAGUUCUCGUUGCACUAUUUCAUUGACAUCUUCGAUUCUGUCCUGCACAAUAAUGCGAAUCUCCGAGCGCUUAAAGACUACACGGCAAGAGGGGAUGUCAUCCUGCGUGAUCUCUUCAUCAACACCUACCGGAGAACAUCAUUGAGUCUACUGCAGAGAGAUCGCGUUACCUUUGCGAUGCUUCUUGCUCAAGCCUCACCAUACCCGAUGGACAAAAGUCUCAUCGAGAGUAUCUUGAAUCCAGGAAUAGAGGGCAACGACGUAUCAACCAACGGUAGUCUUUGGACAGACGCUCAAGCCAAAGCUGCUCGUCUUCUGCCUCUGAAGCCUUUCAUCUCCGAUAUCUCUGACAAGAAUUGGGACCGCUUCUGUACCGAAGAGUUAGCCGAGAAUUUUGUGCCAAGGGUCUGGGACGAUGGGACAAGCAUCCUGGAUCGGCACCUUCGAUCGCUUUUGUUGGUCAAGUUAUUCAGGCUCGAUCGUUUCGUACCAGCAGCCGAGAAGUUUGUCGUAGCCGUGUUCGGCGAAUCUGUAUUCGAGGCCACUAGCGACCUGCAAGAAGUUGUGAGCCAAGUCACACCAAAAACUCCCAUCGCGCUAAGCUCUAGCCCUGGAUUCGAUGCAAGCUAUAAGGUCGAAAAUCUGGUCGAGAAAACGAAAGCUCAGUGUUCCUACAUUGCUAUGGGCUCCAUCGAAGGCGUUGCCAGUGCGGACAAGGCUAUCAGUAAUGCAGCUGCCACAGGAAAUUGGGUGCUCAUCAAGAACGUACAUCUUGCGCCGAUAUGGCUGCAGAGUCUGGAAAAAAGACUUGGCUCGCUGAAACCGCAUCCUGAAUUCCGCGUAUUCCUUUCCAUGGAAACAAGUCCUAAGAUAUCCGUCAACCUGUUGCGAGCUUCCAGAGUGUUGAUGUAUGAACAGCCGGCAGGAGUGCGAGCGAAUAUGAGAGAUUCCUUGUCAACGCUGUCUAUCCGAGCCGUUCAGCAACCAAGAGAAAAAGCAAGGCUAUAUCUACUACUUUCUUUUCUGCACGCGGUGAUUCAGGAACGACUGCGCUACGCACCAACUCUGGGAUGGAAGGGUUUCUGGGAGUUCAAUGACAGCGAUUACGAAUGCGCGGCUUACAUCAUCGACACGUGGAUGGAUGCUGUUGCAAACGGAAGGACAAACAUCGCCCCUGUUAAAAUCCCCUGGGAUCUUAUUCGGACUCUCAUCACAGAGACAUAUGGCGGAAAGGUCGACGAUGAAGCGGACUUCAAGCAGCUAUCUCAGCUUGUGAACAGCUUCUUGACACCGGAGGCCUUUGAGCAUGAUCACAAGCUUGUCAGAGGGGCGCCAAGAGAGGAGGCAGAGUUUUACAGUGAAGGGGAUGGAAGUCUGAUUGUUCCCGAGGGGAACGAAAUGAAGGAUUUCAUGGAGUGGGUAAAUCGCUUGCCUGAGCGUGAACCUCCUACGUACCUUGGAUUACCAGCAAAUGCGGAGAAGCUACUGCUUGUGGGUCAUGGACGCAAUAUACUUGCGAACUUGGCCAAAAUUACCGAGAUACUGGAUGAGACGGAGCAGCUGACAGAAGAAGCCGAGAGGCAGAGUUGA